AAGUUUAUAGAAAUUAUAUUAGCUAAUUAGAUGCGUGCAAUUCCCUUCACACUCCCCUAUAUUAAUUUGUUGGUAGUAAAUAAUAUACAUUUCAGUAUUUAACGCGUUUACAACCAUCAAUAAUAAUUCGCGUUUUUCUUAAUUUCAAUAAUAAUUGUUCGGAUCGAAAAUGUAUUCUGGCCAAAUACACAUAUACCUACGCGUAACCAUGGAAAAUAACAUUCCCGUUGUUAUUUUAUUGUACUAUACUAAUUGUGUACGCGCUUUUACGAGUCAUUACAUUUUGGUAUUCGUUUUAAACGCAAAUAAUUACAAUGUCUAUUAAGAAAUUUUUUAAUUUUUUAAUAUUCGGAAAAAUAUCUUUAGGUCAUAAAGACCAAUCAAUUUUUGAAGAAAAAGCUACGGAUGAAAAUUCAGUACGUACUACCUAUUAUUCAUAUUAUACCCGUAUAUUAUGUGCAGUGAAACCUCUCCUAAUGGACACCGCCCUCUCCCAUUAGCUGUCACUUCCCAAUAGCGGACACCCACUUCAAUACUAGACACCUCCCAGUAGCGGACGUUUUCUCGGGAACCAACUACAAACUUUCUACAAUCUGAGCACUGCGAAUAGCGGACAAAAUUUCAGCGACUGAGAGUGUCCGGUAUUUAGAGGUUUCACUAUAUAAUAUAUUAUUGUUAUUAUUAUUGUAUCAUAUACAAAUCAUUAAGCAACUCUGCUCUUUUAUAGUUCUAUCCCUUAUAAACAAUCAACUGUUAACAUUACAUUAUACCUAUUCUUCUCUGUUUGCGGUUCAUAUAAAUCGAGAAUAAUAUUAUUAUGAUAAAAAUUAUAUAGUUUCUAUAACCAUUGAAAUUUGAUUAUUUUAUUUAGAUCCGUUAUCAUUUCACUACGAAGUUAAAGACACGUGACAACGAUGACUCUAGUGAAGCGAUGUGUCAAGUUGGACGUGAUAUGGGUUAUAUGGCCACAAUGUUUCCGUUUUCACCACCUGGUGAAAAUAAUAAUAUGCCACCCGCUGUGGAGGAAAUUAGUGAUCGUUUCGGAGCACAAAACUAUCGCCUUACACAAGUGAAACGUAAAAGGGAUGCGAUGCUUUUCGGAGACGAACCUCUAUUCAAAAAACACAAACAUUUUGCUUCUGUUUUGAAGGUUGAUCCUACAACCGAAUUAAAGAUUUCGUUGGCCGAGCCACCGACUACAAACAAAAGACGACCCGUUGGCGUUGUUGUGAGGUCAGCUCCAGUUGAUAUACCUAAAAAACGUUGUAAACAAUUAUUAUAAGAAUCACAUUCUUAAUAUUAUUUAUUAUUUAUUCAUUUUUGAGAAGUAAAA